AUGUCAGAGAUAGUUUAUCCAUCGGCUUGUAGGCCAGUUACUGAAGAUUUAGGUGCUGAUGAAUUAAUUAGGCGAUUAAAGGUAACACUUGCUCACACUCUACAAGCGAUGGGCCAGGAUGAGGGGGCGUACCAGCAGUACAUUCCUCUGGCUCUUCACUUGGCCGACGAAUACUUCCUUCAGCACCCGAGCAAAGACGUCCAAUUGUUAAUUGCAUGCUGCAUAGCUGACGUUCUGAGAGUUUACGCGCCAGAAGCGCCGUACAAAGAUGCUGAUCAAGUCAAGGGAAUUUUCCUGUUCCUGAUCAAGCAGCUAGCCGGUCUCAAGGACCCAAAAGAUCCCGCGUUCAAGAGAUACUUUUAUUUGUUAGAAAAUUUGGCGUACGUCAAAUCUUUCAACAUGUGCUUUGAGUUGGAGGACUGCCAGGAGAUAUUUUGCACGCUCUUCUCACUUAUGUUUCGAAUAGUGAAUGAUGAGCAUUCUGGUAAAGUUAAGAGUUUCAUGCUAGAAGUCCUUUGUCCAUUGAUCACCGAGUCUGACACCGUCAGCAAUGAGCUACUGGAUAUUAUUCUUAUAAAUAUAUGUAAAAAAGUAUACGACUUAAUCUACGAGUUGAAUCAUAUCUGUCCAGCAGUCUUGAUCUCAGUUCUUCCACAACUUGAAUGUAAAUUAAAAUCAUCAUCUGAAACAGAGCGUCUGAAUGCAGUAGCACUUUUGGCGCGUAUGUUCUCAGAAAAAGGUUCUCAAUUAGCGUCUCAACACACGUCACUGUGGCGCGCGUUUUUGGGAAGAUUUAAUGACAUAAGUGUUGCUAUUAGAAUAAAAUGCGUCCAAUACUCAAUGCACUUUCUUCUAAAUCACCCGGAGUUGCGUAAAGACAUAACAGAGACUCUAAAACUUCGGCAGCACGAUGCUGAUGAAAAUGUGAGGUACGAAGUGGUGAUGGCGAUUGUGUCAACAGCUAAACGAGAUUUUGAAGUUGUUUCUGACAGCGAAGACCUGCUUGAGUUUGUAAAAGAAAGGACUUUGGACAAAAAGUUCAAGAUCAGGAAAGAAGCGAUGUCUGGACUUGCGAUGAUCUACCGAAAACAUUUAAAUGACGCUGACGUUCCUCAAGCUACUAAAAAAGCCGUCACUUGGAUUAAGGAUAAAAUUUUACACGGCUACUACAUGACUGGGAUGGAGGACAGAUUGUUAGUCGAAAGACUUUUAAACACUUGCCUUGUACCUUAUCAGCUUCCUGCAGAAGAAAGGAUGAAAAAGCUGUACCAUCUUCUGGGUACAAUUGACGACCACGCGUCCAAGGCAUUUGUUGAGUUGCAAAAGCACCAGCUUGCCGUACGAAGAGCCGUCGGAGAGUGGCUGGAGAUUGUGAAGAAAGCGGACGCGAGCAAUGAAUUGAUGAGCAAAAUCCUCCAGAUAUCCCGUUUUCUUCCAGACCCCAUGAAAGCCAUGGAGUUUUUACAAAAAUUCAGUGCUCACAUGAAGAAAGAUCCGUUGCUUUUGCAAGGCAUGGAGACUAUUGUUCGACCCAACGUCUCUUGCAAAGAGUGCACUGAGACAAUAACAACAGUUUUGAAGAAACUCGGACAGCCAGUGAUGACGAAUCUCUACUACAAUACCAUAAAAAUGCUGUUGGAGCGUGUAAGCUCGGUUACUAUUGAUGAAGAGGCCAUCAGAAUACUUAUCGGGUAUGUCGAGGACUGUCUGAAAGGUGGCAAUACCAUCGAGGAGAUCGGUUUGAAUCCAAAUAACGCUGGUGAAAAAGGCUUGAGACUUCUCAUGAUACUCUCUUUUGUAUUUGGCCCUCAUUUUCUGCACAACGACAUUCUAAAGCAGCUUAUUGACUUGCUUGCUCUGGAGGAUGAAAUGGUCGGGGCUCUGGUUUUAUCAAUUUUCACUUUUCUAGGAAAAUACCGACCUCUCCAUGAGGUAGCGCCGGAUAUUAUGAACAUAAUGGUCCCGAUGUGCAAAAAUUUUGCACUGACUGGCACCCCGAAGCAAGCCAAACAGGCAAUCCGCUGUUUGUUUGUAAACAUGACAAAUAUUCAUGACACAAUAUUCCCGGAAAUAAUUGAGAGAAUUAAAACGACUCUUAUACCGACUUCAGACCACUACAGAACGUCGAUAGUUACUCUGGGACAUAUUGCGUACAAUCUCCCGGAAAAAUAUCAUGUACAAAUAAAAAAUAUGGUCUCAAGGAAAAUAGUUAAGGAGUUGUUGGUGAAGGAGAACAGCGAGUCGACUGCCAACUCUAUUGAAGGUGACUGGUGUCCGGAAGAUCAGCUACCAGAAGAGACGCGCUGUCGGUUAGAGGGAUUGAAGUGCAUGGCUCGUUGGCUGUUGGGCCUGAAAACCGACAAUUUGUCAGCUCAAAAAACUUUUAGAAUGUUAAAUGCGUUUGUCGUUAAUAAGGGUGAUUUAUUGCAGCAAGGACGACUGAGUCGCGCGGAGAUGAGCUGGCUGAGACUCCAGGCUGGAUGCUCGAUGCUCAAAAUCUGUGAACAAAAAGGUGUUGGUGAUCAGUUUACAGCGGAGCAGUUUUAUAAUUUGUCUCAGCUGAUGACGGACGAUGUUAAGGAAGUAAGAGAAGCGUUUAGUGUGAAGCUGCACCGCGGUCUCGGCACGGGAAUCCCCAACAAGUGUCUGCCGCUGGACUUUAUGGGGUACUAUGCGCUUGCUGGUAAAGAGCAGGACAAAAAGCUUAAAUAUCUGCUCAAGUCCCACAUGCAGACGGACAUCAGCCGUCGGAGGGACUACGUCAAGGCCUUGUCCAUGGGGACUGGAGAACGCGCAAUGGGACAGCUACCGCACAUCCUCCCGGAUUAUAUGCUGGUGUUUGCGGUCCCGGUGCUGGCUCACGACCCGGAAUUCACUGACCACUUGGACGUCAGCCAGCUCAAGACCAUCCAGUCGUGUCUCUGGUUCAUCUUGGAGCCUCUCAUCACCAAAAAUGAGUACUACUGUUACGGGUUCUACAAGAACUUGAUUGAACGUAUGAAAGCUCACAAAGACGCGCUUAAACCUGAAGACCAUUAUAUGAACUGCAAGCUCUGGACAGUCUGUGAUCUUGCGAUGAAUGUUAUUUAUACCAAGACGACCAAUUUUGAUAUGAAGGAGUUCCCCAGCGAGAGCCGCAUCCCGACGAUGUACUUCAAGAGGUCCGAUGAUCUUAUGUCCAAUGUCGCUGUCAGCUACUUGCCUUCCGAGAUGCAAAUUGAUAUGACAAGUCCCAAGGGGAAAAAUACACUUCUUAAUUUUGUUAAUGACAAACCUGGCAGAAGAGCCAAGGGCAAACAGAAAGAAAUUGGAAUCGGACCUAAUGAAACUGAUGCUCGACUGCAUAUUGGAGAAAUGGAAUGUAUUGAUGCACAGCCUGCUGAAGCGUCAGAAACUAGAAUUCAACUGCCCGGUAUGGAAGAAGAGAUCAGUGAACCACCAGCGAAAAGGGCAAGAGAAUCAGAUAAAAAUAGUAAAUAA